CAGAGGGGGGCGUGGCGUGGGUUUGGAGGAAAGAGGCAAAACAAUCUUGAAUCGUCCGGACCGGGCGGCAGCUGGAGAUCCUGCUGGAGGCGGCGGUGGGAAAAAAACGAAAACUUUGCAUGUAGAGUAGAAAGUUUAAGAGUCGGAUCCAGUCGAGACAACCCCGAUAAAUGUAUCAGACUCCAGCAAUUUGCACUAAAACCUAUAGAAAGCUGGUUUUCUUUCUUUAGUCUCCACUCGCCCCCCGCUCUGAAGAAGAAGAAAAAAAGGCAAAUGGAUUCCAGAUACAUUUCGGAGAAGUCUUCGGUUGGGACGAGGGUCGGCGGCGGCGUCGGAGCGGACUUCAACUGCCGGGCAGGCCGCUCCGUGCUCCGCGACGCCCGGGUCCUCGCGGCGGAGAAGAGGGGCGUAAUGCCGGUGUUCACGCGCGGGCCCGUCCUCUACAAAUUCGUAAUGGACGUCAGCUCGGCGGAGGUGAAAAGUGGAAAAACCCCCGCGGAAGGGAGCGCACCGGCUCCGGGUGCUCGGAUAAUGUUCGACGCGGAAAAAACUGGUCUUGGGGAUCAUAAAGACACUGGCUCCACUGGGAUCUUGAAGAGGGCCAGUCCCACUCACUGCCCUGGCAUCAACGGUCUUUUACAAGGUGGCUUCAAACAUCUGGACAUCAGCAACCCGUGGAAACAGGCAGAGCUGGCCAACAGCUUCAGGGCAGCACAAGUGCAAAACGCACCACCGGCAGAAAGACAACCGCUCCCUUCCUCCCACAUCCCUGUCCCCAGAAACAGGAAGCCCUCAGGUCACGCUGAUAAGGAAGUGAUGGCUGCCACCGUCCUGACCUCACUGUCCACAUCCCCUUUGGUGCUCCACCCUUCCUCUGCAUCUACAGUCCCAGAGCCAGCCAGCAGGGCUUGGAAAGAGGUGCUAUCGGCUAGCUACAGCAGUUCGACCAGCGGCAACUGGAGCUGGGAUACCAGCGACCAAUCGGUGCCCUCCACACCGUCCCCUCCUCUCUCCAACGAUAACACCAAGAACUUCCUGCUCUCGUCCCAGGGUGAUGAUGUCAAUGAGGAUAACACAGAGAGCACGCACUUCAUGUUUGAGGACCCCAUACCUCGGAAGCGAAAGAACUCCAUGAAGGUGAUGUUCAAGUGCUUGUGGAAGAACUGUGAAAAGGUCCUCAGCACUUCCUCAGGGAUCCAGCGACACAUCCGCACCGUCCACCUGGAGCGAACCUGCGACUCCGACUACAGCGACGGAGAGGAGGACUUCUACUACUCAGAGAUCGAGGUCAACAUGGACAGCCUGACCGAGGGCCUGUCCAGCCUCACACCCACCUCGCCCACCACGGCUGGUCCUCCGCCCGUCUUCCCGCCGCCGCUCAACGAUGUCCCUCACUCCGAACACAUCAACAUGUAUGGUGCGCAGAGCCACGUCCCAACACUGCUCAGCCAAUCAGCUCCCUCCACGCUCUGCCACAUCCGCACUGACCACGCCUACCAGGCCACUGCUCCAGUGAAUAUCCCAGUGGGUCCCGAGCUGGCAGGGUUAGACAGUGGUAAUGGGACCCGGCCUGGAACUGGGAUUGGGAAUGGCAUCAGUGUGUCGUGGCAGUCCCCUCCUGUCAUUUUCAAAGGCACCCCGGGGCCUGUGACCCACGUCCGAACUGUCAGCAUCGGUGAAAAGCGGCAGCCGGCAGCCAACACACACACCACUGUUAUUAAGAACCCUGCUUUAGUAACGCCACCAGCUAAGUCGAUACCAGGAACCAGGAAACCCCGUGGGGAGGCAAAGAAGUGCCGAAAGGUGUACGGCAUGGAGAAGAGAGACAUGUGGUGCACAGCCUGUCGCUGGAAAAAAGCCUGUCAGAGAUUCACCGACUAAUCCAGUCCCCUUCCCAAACCUCUGUGAGAUGAGCUCUCCCUCACUCGGCGCGAUGGCGAGGUGGACUCUUCCACUGAGGAGACGAGGGGAGAUCUCUUCAGGACGGAGCUCUCAGCGCUGCUUCCUCCAGCCCGGCCGGGGCUUCGCCUUCUCUUUCUCUUUCCGUUUCCAAACACAAAGAGAAAAUAAAAACCGGUGGGUUAAGAAAAAAAAAGAAAAAAUCGGCAAGAAAAAAGAACUUUGUGUAGGUUUGGAGACUUUUUCUAAGACUGAGAUAUUUUCACACAUGAAUAAGAAAAAAAAAACGAUUUUUUAAUUGGAUUCUGAAAUGUCUGAUUUGAUUUUUGUUCAUCACAUUUUUUUCUCAACUCAAGGCAAUGUGUAAAGACUUCAGAUACGCUUGUUGGUAUCCUCUGUUGUUGGUUACAGGAGCAUCAUGUAAGCUACUGUUUGUGGGGUGGGUCGUGACUCUUUUCGGAGGUUCACGGAUUAACCAGAUUUGCUUGGUAAGACCUCUGUAGCAUUUUGUUUCUCAUUAUCACUGUGUAAGGGACUUCAAACCUACCAAAGGCAAGACGCCGGUUCACUUACAACCAACAGCGUAGGUGUGAGCUCGAUACCAAAUCUAACAUCACUGUCUACUGCAGUCGUACUGUGUAUCGACUGCAUGUUAUUUCAAUAUCUUACCCACCCAUUCAAUUCAGUACAGCCAGCGACACGAAUUUAGCAAAAGAAUUGCACAAAAAAACUCACACCAAGUGGUACAGAGUUUCCCCUUGACUUUCCAAAAAAUAUUUUCUAGAGAUGUACACAAUCCCUGAAAUAUAUGUCCCUCUCUCCUUUACUAUAAUUUUGCCCUAGAGAUAUGCUCCUCGAAGAAAUGAGUCAUCUUUUGGAGUAUCACUGUAACCGCAGCAGAGAGAGCGGAUAGCUAUUUCGUAUUAAAGAGUUUAUUUUCAGCGAUGAGUUCUUGAAGCAACAAGCAGUUGCACUGUGCAAUCAGCAGGAGUACAGCAUUUAAUAUUGUAUUCCUUUCUUUGUGGUUGUCAUUUGCUGACAAUUGAUGUUCUCAAAGAGAUUGUUUACCACGGUGAAUGAUACAUGAAUGAUAACUGCCCUUUGAAACUAACUUAUAGUCUGACUGGUGUAAAUUGUGUAUGUAGGUAAAUAACAUAGAGAUUGUAAACCAACAAUCACUACCUGAUAAUAAGUCAGGCCCUCUGAAUCCUUUGUUACAGUUUUCAAUGGAGAGGUUACGCAAUCUGUAGUAGUUGAAAAAUUAUAAUCAACCAGCAUUGAGACAUUUGUAGAUUCCCCAAGUUAACUUCAUAGGAAUCAAGACGUUCCCCCUGUGUUUCUAGUAGAGGUUAAAUCUUCUUUAAAUGGCCUUUUACUCUGGUCUGACAUUUGAUUUGAAAAAAAAAUAAGAAUCUAUAAAGUUGAGUGCAGAGCAGAGGUGUUGGCGGACGACUGUAGACUGAUUCAUUUGGAAGUAAAUGUAGCAAAAGCUUUUAAAUGUUGUACCAAAGUGGAGUCUUACUUUUUUAGAAUAGAUCUCUAUUAAAUAGUAGCUGGCCACGUUUCCAACUUUAGACAAAAUACAGGUGGUAGAUUUCUAGUUUGUUAAAAAUUGUAAUUUCUUAAUAUAUCCCUUUUCUUUGGCCAUUCUUAGAAAAUGUCAUCCUUUAAAUUUAAACCCCAAUAUGGUUGAUGCAUUGCAUCUGUAUCAGUCGUUAUAUAUAUAUAUAUAUAUAUAAAGUAUAUAAAGCAUAAAAACAAAUAGAAAAAAUGCAAAAGACUUCAUCUUUUGCAUCAUCGUCAUCUUACAAUUUUUUGAGAUAUUUCUAAAAGACGUUCAGAGUUUUUCCUGCAAUAGUCAAAUACUGUGACAUGAGUCAACUACUCGUUACCAAACUCAAAAUGUGUACCUGCAGACUGAAACGCAUUUGUAAUUGACCUGAUGACAUUUAUAGACCCCAUAAUAAUGAUAACGAUGAAAGUAGAAGACAGAGCCCCACAUGAGUAGCCACAUUUAAAGGUUCAAUGUGUAGAAUUUAGUGACAUCUAGUGGUGUAAGUUGCAUGUUGCAGUUGAACACCCCACAGCUUCUGGUUCCAAACAUGAGAGAGAACCAGAGGCGGAAUUUGGUUUUCAUAAAAACUCAAAAAGAUUUUUAGUUUGUCCAGUUUGGACUAAUGUAAAAAACACAGCAGCCUCCGUAGAGAGGACCCGCUCUGAUGUAAAUAUAGAGUAUUAAAAUAUAAAGGGCUCAAGGAUUAUUUUAUAUUCAAUUUCUGACAAUAGAUCCCUUUCACCAUAAUCGCACACACUGAACUUUUAAAGUAAUUCCCGACCUUUCUCAUGUUUCCCCUCAUUAGCUGUGGACGAUCUUCCGAGUCGCACUUUAGAUUUAAAUAAGUUUGCUUCUUAUACACUAAAGCCAAUUUAUAUAUUUAUGUAGCCCCUAAAUCACAAAUUUGCCUCAAACUAUUGAACCUUCAUCAGGCGUGUUACUGAUCUGGAGGCAGUGUCCUGACAGUAGAUGUAUAUUUUUGAGGAGAUUUGCUCCCUCGCUGUUUGUCAGCAGCGUUUUGAAUGUGGAGUCUGUGUCCUCAGCUCUCUGAGUGCUCCUGACACUGACCUCACCUAGUCACCAUGGCAGCGUGUGACACACACACAUGCAGAGAAGUAAAGAGUGCCUGUCCUUCCCUGUUUAAAGCACGACAACUUGAGCGCACUUAGAAUCAGUGCGACCUCGCACAUCUGUCGCCAUAGAAACACCUGCACUGUCCUCUGCCGCCACAGGGUCACUGGUGCCACUGGUGCUGUCGGCCGACGCCACCUGGUCGGAGCUGACCAGUUAGGAGAAGCAGAUGGCUGAUUGUUCAUUGCCGGCUUGAGGUCACGAAGCACACACUCGAUCGCUGUGGCUGUAAAAGUAAUUAUUAACCUGUCCUUCAGUUCCUUUCGUAAAAACCACCGUGAUGUUUUUAAAAAUUACCAAUCCUGCCUGUAAAGUGUUUAUUCCAGGGGUGUCCCAGAUAAGCUAGGCCCCCCCAGCCCUCCCCCCUCCCCCCCUCCCCACCUCUCUCUCUCGGGAGGCCUCUACCGGUCAGAAACUUCACAAAGUGCCAAUGAAAAGAACAUUAAAAGGAAAAAAUGUAUACUGACCUAAUGAAAUUGCACUAUGUUGCUCUGCGCAAAGACAUGUUUUUAUACAUGGACGUUUUAUAUACUUACAUUUUUGAAGUUUAUUUUCUAGGGGUGUUGGGAGGGGUGUGUCGUCACUGCCCGAUGGAGUACAAUGGGGUAUCAGGGAACGGGGUCUCUGUACCUUCGGGGGGGCCCCCCCCAUUUAUCAGCUCGACAGUCGAUGUCUUGCUCUCUGUGUCGGAUGUUAUCGCACUAAACAUCGUGGUGCUGGCAGCCGUGGAAGUGCGGUACUGGGACGUACAGUGCGGUACUUGGGCAGUCGGUCACUUUGCCUUUCCUUGGAGGAGUGCCCAGGGCCGAGAGCAGCAGCUGCCUUGUCUCAGUGACG